CGGGCGGCCCGAGCGGCGGCGGCGGCGGCGGCGGCGGCGGCGGCGGCGGGGCCUGGCGGACAAUGAGGGCGGCGGGGCGGCGGUGAGCGGCGGCGGCGAGCGAGCGGCCCGGGGUGGGGCGGGGCCGCCAUGGACAAUCAGUGCACGGUGCAGGUGAAGCUGGAGCUGGGACACCGGGCCCAGCUGCGCAAGAAGCCGACGACGGAGGGCUUCACCCAUGACUGGAUGGUGUUCGUGCGCGGCCCCGAGCAGUGUGACAUCCAGCACUUCGUGGAGAAAGUGGUGUUCCGUCUGCACGACAGCUUCCCCAAGCCCAAGCGAGUGUGCAAGGAGCCCCCGUACAAGGUGGAGGAGUCGGGGUACGCAGGCUUCCUCAUGCCCAUAGAGGUGCAUUUCAGGAACAAGGAGGAGCCGCGGAAGGUAUGCUUUAGCUACGACCUCUUCCUCAACCUGGAGGGCAACCCCCCGGUCAACCACCUGCGUUGCGAGAAGCUCACCUUCAACAACCCCACCAUCGACUUCCGGUACAAGCUGCUCAUGGCCGGCGGGGUGAUGGUAGUACCCGAAGGAGCGGACCCCGUCUCCCGGCCCAGCCCCGACUACCCCAUGUUACCCACAAUUCCACUCUCUGCCUUCUCUGACCCCAAGAAGACCCGGCCGGCCCACAGCGCCAAGGACGCCAGCCGCGAGGGCAGCAAAGCCAAGACCCACAAGGGCCCCAAGGAGCACCGCGAGAGGCCCCGCAAGGACUCGGAGAGCAAGGCCGCCAAGGAGCCCGAGCGCCCCAAGGACCCCGCCCCCCGCAAGUCCGGGGAGCCCCGGCCCCCCAAGGAGGAGAAGGCACUGCCCCCCAAGGCCACCUUCAAGGAGCCCAAGCCGGAGAGCCUGUCGCCCAAGGGCCCCCCCGCCAAGGCCCCGGCCAAGCGGCCCCCCGCAGACUCGCCCCGGCCCGCCAGCAAGCGCCCCAAGAAGAGCAGCGGCUCUAAGGGCCCCAAGGCCUCGCCCCGCGCCCCCGCCUCAGCCCCUGCCGGCGCCCUUCCCGACCGCAAGCCGCCCAGGGACAAGGGCGCCAAGGCCGACAGGGGCCGAGACGGAGAGGCCAGGAAGGGCCCCGAGCCCGAGGACUCCCACUCGGAGGACGACGCCUCCUUCAAGAGCGAGUCUGCCCAGUCCAGCCCCUCCAACUCCAGCUCCAGCUCGGACUCCAGCUCCGACUCUGACUUCGAACCCUCGCAGAACCACAGCCAAGGCCCCCUGCGCUCCAUGGUGGAGGACCUGCAGUCGGAAGAGUCUGAUGACGAGGACGACUCCUCCUCUGGGGAGGACGCGGCGGGCAAGGCUCACCCCCGGGACUCCAGGGAGGGCCUGGCCCCCACGGGGCUGGGGGGUCCUAAGGCGCCGGCUGCCCCCAGGCUGACCUUCAGCGACAGCGACAGCGACCACAGCGCCGACUCCUGCCUGCCCCGCGAGCCGCUGCCGCCCCAGAAGCCGCCGCCUAGCAGCAAGACGUCUGGCCGGAGGAGCCCUGAGCCCUGCGGGAAGCCGGACAAAAUGCUGAAGAAAGGCGCCUACGACAAGGCCUACACGGAGGAGCUGGUGGAUCUGCACCGCAGGCUCAUGGCGCUGAGAGAACGCAACGUACUGCAGCAGAUCGUGAACCUGAUCGAGGAGACGGGCCACUUCAACGUGACCAACACCACCUUCGACUUCGACCUCUUCUCCCUGGACGAGAGCACCGUCCGCAAGCUGCAGAGCUACCUGGAGGCAGGGGCCACAUGACCCCGGCGGGUGCAGCCGCGUGUGCGUGUGCGUGUGUGUGCGCGUGUGCACGCGGGGGGCCGCCUCCUCCCCCAGGAUCCUCUCCCGCGAACCGAGUCUUGGAACUUUUGAGAGAGAAAUAAUAAUGACAACGACGAUAAUGAUGAUGAUGAUGAUGAGCUUUUGCCAAAUAAGACAGGACCGUGGGUCGGGGUCCUCAAGAGGGGGUCCCCCGGGACCCGGCCCUCCCGCCCCCGGUUUCUCAAGGCCACCACAGCAGCCUCUGGCCCCGCCAGGCCGCCCCCACUUCCAGGAGGGCCCCCCCGCACCCCUACUCCCGGCUCCCAGCUCGGCAUCCGGCCCCCCCAGGUGCAGUGCGACCCCCCCACUCCUGCAGGCCAGCAAUACUCGCAGGGUCAGCGGUCCUUGGACGGGGGACCCCUCCGGGCAGCCCCCCACUGUCCGCGUCGGCCUCCGUUACCUCCGCCGCCUGUGCCCCGCGCCCCCCGCCCCACGGGGGGGACACUUCAUAGGAAGGGACCGGCGCCCCAGUCCCCCAACUACUCCUGAGAGUCGUUCCCGGCCUGAAGCAGAGGUUCCCACACACACCCCCAGGGUUGUUUCUGUUAUUUGUUUUUCUGUUUUUUUUUUUUCUUCCUACAAAGGAGUGUGCGUGUCUCCCCAGGAGCAGGGUGGGGGGACGUCCUCUCCCCUCCUGUCCCCCCCACCCGUGCCCGGGGCUGGGGGGGGCAGCCACACGGAGGCUCGCGUCUUUUAUAGACCCCACCGCGUCUGUCCCGCGUUUUUAAGACUCUGUUCUGUUUCGUUUUUGUUCCAUUGUGAAAUGAUGGAGGAAUUUUAUACAAAACAAAAAUUCAAAAAAAAAAAAUAAUAAUAGUAAUGAGAGAGAGAGAGAGGGAAACAUAAGGGAAGUGGAAUAAAGACAGGAAAGGCCGCGUGGCCAGUGCCCAGUG